UGUUGGACACUUUGUCUCUUUUUCAGAGAUUAUGUCUACUGUGAUGUCUCAGCAACCGCCAAAGGAGGAUGAAGAGGAGGAAGAUGAGGAGCGAGGGGAAGAGUUUCUGUUUGAUGACAGUAUGGAUGAAGAGAAACUUCAGGAGGACAGCAAAGGAACUGGUUCUGUUAGGUCUGACCAGUCCAAAAAGGAGGAUAGACAGACAUCAGACAGUGUUCCACAAACAGGCACAGACAGCACACAACUUCUCAGAACAUCGCCUUCUGCUGGACAGGAGGAUAUUCCUACCAAGGAUGUUGCUUCAAUUUCUACUCCAGAUGUUCCAGUUAAUGCGUCAUCUAGUUGGGCCUCAACAACAGCAGCCGAGCCCAGUACCCCAGCUCCUUGUGUGGGAGAGGGGCUCCGGGGCCUUCCUGUGCCUUCAGCUGCGGAGACGUCGGCUGAUUCAAGAGACCACAGCAAAGAAAUCGUCAAGGAAAACUUUGGCUCAAGGGACACCUCUGAAGCUUUAUGUGUGGCUAAAGCAGAGCCCCAGAUGGUGGUGGCUUCAGAGGUGAUCUAUGAUGACGUUCCAAGUGAGGACCCCCUUUCUCCUGAUGAAGCAGAUAUGAUCUACGAAGAUGUUCAGAGAGACAGUGGUCCUCUGGAUGCAGACAACGGCUGGAGCUCCAGCGAGUUUGAAAGCUAUGACGAGCACUCUGAUAGCGAGACCAAACUACCAACACGGAGCAAGCUCUCUCCUGAAGUGCGUCGGCUGAGGGAACGAUGUGCCAAGACCAAACGUGAACUGGCCAUGAGGCUGUCUGGCAAGCACAACUAUGACAUCAAGGUUCAGCAGCUCAUGAAGGCGGCCAGAAGCGGAACGAAGGAUGGGCUUGAAAAGACCAAAAUAGCCGUCAUGCGAAAGGUUUCCUUCCUGCAAAGAAAAGAUCAAUUGGAAGAGGAGGAUGAUGCAGGAUACCUGGAUGUGGCUGUGUCAGAAGAGAAACAUCCUCCUCCACAGCUGAGCCCCAUGCCAGAGGGGCUGACCAGCCACCAGGUUGUCAGACGCCAUAUCCUCGGCUCCAUCAUUCAGAGCGAGCGGAGCUACCUGGAGUCUCUCAGGAGAAUCUUGCAGGAAUACCACAGACCACUGAUGGAAGCUGAUCCACGCAUCCUCAGCCCAAGGAAGAUCCGGCCUAUAUUUUACCGGAUCAGGGAGAUCACACAGUGCCACUCAAUGUUUCAGAUUGCACUGGCGUCACGUGUGGCUGAAUGGGACAGCAGUGAGAAAAUUGGAGACUUAUUUGUUGCUUCGUUUUCCAAGUCCAUGGUGCUGGAUGUAUAUAGUGAUUACGUGAACAACUUCACCAAUGCCAUGGCUCUCAUUAAAAAGGCGUGCAUGUCCAAACCAGCUUUUCUAGAAUUCUUAAAGAAGCAGGCAUCUAGUGUUGACCGGAUCACACUGUAUGGUUUGAUGGUUAAGCCCAUUCAACGAUUCCCUCAGUUCAUAUUGCUCCUGCAGGACAUGCUUAAGAAUACACCGAAGGGCCACGUGGAUCGCCUGCCCCUGCAGCUUGCUCUGACAGAGCUGGAGAUGCUGGCUGAGAAACUGAAUGAACAGAAACGAGUAGCUGACCAGAUUGCAGAGACUCAACAACUAGCCCGAAGCGUCAGUGAUCGCCUGCUCAGUAAGCAACUGAACUCGGAGCAGGGGUCACUGGUCCUUUGUGAGACGCUUAUUGAGACUGUGUAUGGCGAGCGGGGACAAGUCCUAAAGUCGAAGGAGAGAAAGGUCUUCCUCUUUGAUGAUGUACUCAUCUGUGCCAACAUAAAUGUCAAGGGGCCUCCAGAUAUCAGCAGCCUGGUCCCUGUUGGCCCCAAAUACACCAUGAAGUGGAGCGCCCCCUUACAGCAGGUGCAAGUAGUAGAGGUGGGGCAGGAGGGCUCUCAAAGCAAAGACACCUUUUUCCAACAAAGCGGGGCCAAGCGGCCAGGUGGUGCAUUUACAUCAGGUAAAGUGAUUCUUGGCCCUCCACGGCUUUACCAGGAGCUACAAGAACUGCAACAUGACCUUUCUGUCGUGGAGGAGGUCACUCUUCUUGUGGGCACACUACAGGGGAUGUAUCAGAACCUGAACACCACUGUGGCCCAGGACUGGUGUCUGGCUCUGCAGAGGCUUAUUCGCAUCAAAGAAGAACAAAUCCAGAGUGCUAACAAAUGUCGCUUACGCCUGCAGGUGCCUGGCAGGCCAGACAAGUCAGGGCGCCCUGUCAGUUUCAUGGUGGUCCUCAACACUCCCAGCCCCCUUAGUAAGAUCUCUUGGGUAAACCGUCUGCACUUGGCCAAGAUUGCACUACGCCUAAGCUGGCUAUGCAGUCUUACCACGCAGUAGUAUAGGAGGUCUUCCUCUCUGGGGUUCAUCAAUGCAUGUUGUCAUCCAGUGAAGUGGAGACGGAACUACAGAGGACAUUAAUCUGCUUAUUUGGCCAUGAUGGCACACACAUAUUCAACCCACUCACCACCCCAGUCCUUUCCCCCAUCCUUUACUACUCCCUGCGUCGCCUUGAGCGCUCUUCCUUGUCACACACACUUUAUUCUGAGGUUGUUAUGCAUGCAGUAUGUCUCUCAGCACUGCACUUGUGGGUAGCUCCAAUCGUAUUGU